UUGGUAGUGUUCCAUUUCUUGAGACACACUCUUUCUUCUGCUUCUUCACUUCCAACACUGCUCAGCUCAACACAGCAAUGGACCUCGCCGCCAAGCUCCACCACCUCACCGCCACACCCAAACCUUCUCUUCACCCACUCACCAAUCGCCCCCUCACUCACACCAACCGCUUCUUCACCCCCAAAAACCCACCCAAUUUCGACGCCGCAUGUCGUUUAUCCGCCGUCACCGCCGAAACGACAACCACGACCCAACAAAACGACGACAUCGAGUCCCUCUUCUCCGACACCUCCGUCGAACCCAACAGAAAACGCGGGAAAAACCAAUCCCACACUCGCGCCGGCGCUUCGACAGUCUCCUCCGGCGUGAAGCUAGAAAGCAUCAGCAAAAGCUACAAGGGUGUCACCGUGUUGAAGAAUGUGAGCUGGGAAGUGAAGAAGGGUGAGAAAGUGGGUUUGGUCGGUGUCAACGGCGCCGGGAAAACGACCCAGAUGAGGAUAAUCGCGGGUCAGGAAGACCCGGAUUCGGGAAACGUGAUUAAGGCGAACCCGAACAUGAAGGUUGCGUUUCUGAGCCAGGAGUUUGAGGUGGCGCCGAGCAGGACGGUGAGGGAGGAGUUUCUGAGCGCUUUCAAGGAGGAGAUGGAGAUAUCUGGGAGGAUGGAGAGGGUGCAGAAGGCGCUGGAGGGUGCUGUGGAUGAUUUGGAGUUGAUGGGGAGGCUUUUGGAUGAGUUGGAUUUGCUUCAGGGAAAGGCUCAGGCGGUGGACUUGGAUGAGGUGGAUGCUAAGGUUGAUAAGUUGAUGCCGGAGCUUGGUUUUGCUCCUGAGGAUUCUGAGAGGUUGGUGGCUUCUUUUAGCGGCGGGUGGCAGAUGAGGAUGUCUCUUGGCAAGAUUUUGCUCCAGGACCCAGAUUUGUUACUGUUGGAUGAGCCUACGAAUCACCUUGAUCUAGACACCAUUGAGUGGCUUGAAGAUUAUCUUAGCAAGCAGGAUGUUCCAAUGGUUAUCAUUUCCCAUGACAGGGCUUUUCUUGAUCAGCUGUGCACAAAAAUUGUGGAAACUGACAUGGGUGUAUCCAGGACAUUUGAGGGAAACUAUUCUCAGUAUGUGGUUUCAAAGGCGGCAUGGAUUGAAGCACAGUUUGCUGCAUGGGAGAAGCAACAGAAAGAAAUUGAACAUACAAAGGGCUUAAUAAAUAGGCUAGGUGCUGGAGCGAAUUCUGGCCGUGCUUCAUCUGCUGAGAAGAAGCUAGAGAAACUUCAGGAGGAAGAACUAGUGGAGAAGCCGUUUCAACGGAAACAAAUGAAAAUCAGGUUCCCUGAGCGUGGAAGAAGUGGGAGAUCUGUUGUAACAAUAAAGAACUUAGAAUAUGGCUUUGAGGAUACGGUGCUUUUCGAAAAGGCAAAUCUGGCAAUUGAAAGAGGAGAAAAAAUUGCCAUUAUUGGUCCCAAUGGAUGUGGCAAGAGUACUUUACUGAAAUUAAUAAUGAGUUUACAAAAGCCGGUUGGGGGUGAAGUUAUGCUUGGGGAGCAUAAUGUAUUACCUAACUAUUUUGAGCAAAAUCAGGCAGAGGCACUUGAUCUGAACAAGACAGUGCUUCAGACAGUAGAAGAAGCUGCAGAGGAUUGGAGGAUUGAUGAUAUUAAAGGACUUCUUGGGCGUUGUAAUUUCAAAUCUGAUAUGCUUGACAGGAAAGUUUCACUAUUGAGUGGUGGUGAGAAGGCACGCCUGGCAUUUUGUAAAUUUAUGGUAAAACCAUCAACUCUACUUGUGCUAGAUGAACCAACCAAUCACUUGGAUAUCCCUUCUAAAGAAAUGCUUGAGGAGGCGAUAACCGAGUACCAGGGCACUGUUAUCACAGUGUCUCAUGAUCGAUACUUUAUAAAGCAGAUAGUUAAUAGAGUUAUAGAAGUCAAAGAUGGUGCUUUACAGAAUUACGCAGGUGAUUACAAUUAUUACUUAGAGAAGAAUCUUGAUGCUAGGAAUAGAGAGCUUGAACGUGAGGCUGAGCUAGAGGCCAAAGCUCCAAAAGUGAAAGCCAAAUCUAAAAUGUCCAAGGCUGAGAAAGAAGCAAGGAAGAAACAGAAGAUGCAGGCUUUUCAGGCAGCAAACCAAAAGUCUAAAUCUUUGAAAAAUGCAAAGAGAUGGAAUUGAGUAAUAUAUUCCUCAACAUCAUAGGAGCUUCAUCAUUACACUAAUUUACAAUGUAUAAAGGUAGAUGGGUUGAAGGUGAGGUAGCAUAUUGAGUGAGCUAGCUACUCAGUAUUUGUAGAUAGCAUAUGGAUCACUUGACUGGAUGUAGCAGCUUAAUUAUAGCAAUUAUGAUUUCUGGCUUUCUGCAAAA